AGUGUGGGUGUGGUGUGAUUUUCCUAGAGAGAGAGAGAGAGACGAGAGAGAUGGAAAGUUUGGGCGUGUGUUGGUUUUUUAUUUUUUUAAGGAGUAAAAUUGGAUGAGAAAUUUAAUUAUAACUUAUUUUGAGGAUUGGUAAUCCUAAUUUAAGAAUUCAUUAUCAAAUUUCCCAAUAGGGGAUUAGCUCACCUCCUCUAUUCUUCAUUCUACCUUAAAAACGAAGGUGAAAGCUCACUCAAACUGAGACUAUAUAUAAAUGUGGUAGUACUCUGAAAUCGAGUAACUCAGUAAAAAUAAAACUAAAAACAUCACAAGAACACGAACAAUGGAGCCCUUCCCAUCCUCCUCCCAGAUAGCCCAACAGACAUGGGAGCUCGAGAACAACAUCAUCCCCAUGGAGACUCCGGCUUCGAAGCCCGACCCUGCUUCCGACUCCAUAUUCUACUACGAUGAGUCUGCUCAGAACAAAUUCCAACAAGACAAACCCUGGUCCACUGACCCUCACUAUUUCAAGCGUGUUAAGAUCUCCGCCCUUGCCCUCCUCAAGAUGGUAGUCCAUGCCCGUUCCGGUGGCACUAUCGAGGUCAUGGGCCUCAUGCAGGGAAAGACCGACGGUGACGCUAUCAUUGUCAUGGAUGCUUUUGCUUUACCUGUCGAAGGUACUGAAACUAGGGUUAAUGCUCAAGCCGAUGCUUACGAGUACAUGGUCGACUACUCUCAGACCAACAAACAGGCUGGAAGGUUGGAAAAUGUGGUUGGAUGGUACCAUUCUCACCCUGGUUACGGAUGUUGGCUCUCGGGUAUUGAUGUUUCAACACAAAUGUUGAACCAGCAAUUUCAGGAACCAUUUUUAGCUGUAGUGAUAGAUCCGACUAGGACUGUUUCUGCUGGUAAAGUUGAGAUUGGUGCAUUCAGGACAUACCCAGAUGGAUAUAAGCCUCCAGAUGAGCCUGUCUCCGAGUACCAGACUAUUCCUUUGAAUAAAAUUGAAGACUUUGGUGUGCAUUGUAAACAGUACUAUUCUUUGGAUAUUACAUAUUUUAAGUCCUCUCUUGAUAGCCAUCUACUGGAUCUGCUAUGGAACAAGUACUGGGUGAAUACACUUUCUUCUUCACCCCUACUGGGUAAUGGAGAUUAUGUUGCAGGACAAAUUUCAGACUUAGCUGAAAAGUUGGAGCAAGCAGAGAACCAAUUGUCACAUUCCCGCUUUGGGCCAUUAAUAGCACCCCCACAAAGAAAGAAAGAAGAAGAAUCACAAUUAGCAAAAAUUACUCGGGAUAGUGCAAAAAUAACUGUUGAGCAGGUGCAUGGUCUAAUGUCACAGGUCAUCAAGGACAUCUUGUUCAACUCUGUUCGCCAAUCCAACAAGUCGUCAGGUGCAGAGCCAUCUGGCCCGGAACCAAUGAUUGAGAGUUGAUCUUUGCCUUCUUGAUGACGAGGUCUUGGUUUCACAGUUCCCAUAAUUUGAUCAGGGUAUUUCUGAAUUUUCCAUCACUUUGCAUGCCGAUGUAAAUCCUCCCAGCAAUUGUUUUUGAACUUCAUUUGAAAUCUGGUUUUGCUUUCUAAAGUCUUCAUACUUCUUAUUUCUAGUCUUCAUAAUCAAGUGGCCAUUGUUACAGCUAAUAUUUUGAUAUCUCCAUUUCUACCUGAGCCCCCUUGGUUUGAAAUUGGGAGGCCUUUUUGCA